AUGAGCAAUCAAACAUCAAGUAAAGAGACACGUUCAGGAAACCCUCUACUGAUCGCCAGUUUGACGACGAAUUUCCUAUUGCUUUACUACACAAUCGCUCUCAGAUCAGAAUUAUUUCUCCUCAAAUCUACGAAGCCAAUUUUGCAGUGGUCGGAAAAUGAGCCCUGCGAUUCCAAAUCUGUUUCGUCCAAUUUCGUCCACAGCAAAGUGAAAUACAACAAGUAUCCCGCUCCAAAAAGUCCACUUGUUGACAGCUCUGAGAAAUUCUUCGUUGAUGUAGGAACUUAUGAUCCUCCAGUUACGAAAACUCUUGCAUUCAGUAUUCUCUACUCACCAAGAGAGAUCCCUAAAAAGACCGACCUUGUUCUUGGUCUCAAAAGCUCGCUGAAAAAUAAAGACCGUCGAGAUGCAAUUCGAAGGAGUUAUGGGCAACUUUCAUUGUACAAAGGUUUUAAUGCCAAGUUCGUCUUCUUGCUUGGCGCAAGCGAAGAUGCCCCGUCAUCACUAGUGGAAGAUGAAUUGCUUCAUGAUGAUAUUUUAUUCGGCGAUUUUGUGGACUCCUUCCACAAUCUGACUUUCAAAGACUCAAUGUUUUUGACUUGGACGAUUCACAACUGCCCAGAUGUAAAAUUUGCGUUCAAAGGAGACGAUGAUGUUCUGGUGAAUCCAUUUGGUUUGUUGGAUUUUAUUGACGAGAAGAAAGACUACGAAGAAGCUGGAAUCUGGGGGAACAAAUUGCCGCAGCAGCCGAAAGUGAAAAAAGACAAAAGUGGCGUUGGCAAGAAAUACGGAGAUGAUAUUUGGCCUGAAGAUAAAUACCCACCGUACGUUUCCGGAGGUGGCUUGGUAAUGAACCGUAAAGCCAUUUUUGCUCUUCAAGAAAAUAUCAAAAUAACUCCAAUAAUCCCGAUUGACGACGCCUUUAUUGGAGUGUGCAUGCGUCGAGCUGGCCUACAGGAUCACGUUUUUGCUGACAAACGAUUCCACGUUUGGGGAUUUCGGCCACGUGACGAACUUAAAUUUGAUGUUUGUAAAGUUGCUGAAACUGUGAUCGUCCAUAAAUAUACGCCCGAAAGUAUUGAUUGUCUUUGGCCGAAGUUUGUGAAGCACCACGUAGACUGCAAAAUUGAUGGUUACAAAUAUGUUGAAGAAUUUCCACUUUGUAAUCCAAAGGACUGGCACAAGAACCAUCCUGUUCUCCCGCCGAUUCUGGCUGGGCCAAACUAUCAUCACUGCGGUCCGAAAUGGAACAAUACAGGAUGCAGUACCACUGAGGCCGACUGGACGAUACAAAAACCACACAAUGGCCCCUGUUGCAGUCCUAACGGCUACUGCGGCAUAACAAAAGACCAUUGUGAUUGCAAGGAUUGCGUCGACUUUAGAAAAGUUGAAAAAGCGAAAAAUCUUGUGAACAAUCAUUCGCAUGGAGUCUGCUGCUCGAAAUUGAUGCUCGAGUCUACUAUGCCCUACGCUGGUAUUUUCUCUAUUCGCAUGGAAACCGAUGCUAGCGACCCAAAUAAGAAUAAAGUCUUCCGCGACUCGUCUGGAAACGUCGAGUACAUUCAGGAAAAGGUGAAAGAAGGUCAACGCAUCUUCACGAUCAAAUAUGGCAGCUACAGCGUAUAUGGAACUGGGUGGUACAUCCUUACUCCCGAAGGCGGUGGUUUGGCAUGGAAUGUCAAAUCAGAAAACUCGCAUUGCCCGGCAUUGGAUGAAUUAGAAGGCUACGGUGGAAUAAUUACAUGUCCUGUUGCUCCGCACUAG